GUGGCUUUGCCUUCGUGACCUGAGCCCGAUCCCUGUCGACGUUGUCUCCCGCAGCUGCGGCCUCUCAGCCAUGGGCGCCGUUUGGUCUGCUCUGCUGGUCGGAGGCGGUCUGGCCGGUGCGCUUUUCAUCUGGCUGAUCCGGGACAAGGGAAAGAAGGGGGACGCGGAGCAGGAGCAGGAGCAGGAGCAGGAGCAGGAGCAGGACGCCACUCCUGGGAAGGCUGUGGCUGCGGGAGGCGAUCCUAGUGGUGGCAGCGGACUGAGUCCCGCACCUUCCAGGCCCGAGCUGGUCACCAAACCAGAGCAUCUUCAAGGAAGCAAUGGGUGUUUGGUUUCAGAGACCAAAGGCCCUGGUAGCGUGCAGGAGGCAGCAUGGAGACUGCGGGGUCCUUCUGGAGAAGCUGGUGACUGUGACAAUUCAAGACAGCAUGUUCCUUUUGGACGGUUUCUGGACACAGAAUCUAUAGCUGCAUCUGUGACUGGCUACUCUGGGGGUUGCUGUGAAACUUCAAGAAAUGAAAGCCGUGGAUCUCGUGUAGGAAAAUGGGGAGUCCAGAAAGGACAAGAGACACCUGCUAACGCAGCUCCGUGUUUUGCAGAGAAGUUGCCUUCUAGCAACCUGCUCAUGGACAGCGGUAAAGAGGAAGUGAGCCUUGCACGGUUGGAUAGUCAGGACUCGGCUGACCAGGAGGACUGGGAGAUGGUGUCCAGGCACUCAUCUUGGGGAGACAUCCGUUUGGGUGGCAGUCUUGAGGAUCCAAUGUUAAACCCAAACCUAGGAAUGGACUAUGGCAAAAACACUCUUAUGGAAACACGAGGUCAGGAAGUGGAUGUUAAAACAAAAAGGGAAGUAGCUAAGACUUCAGGGUCUCAGCAAGUUAGUGUCAGGUUCCAGGUCCAUUAUAUCACAAGUGCUAGUGUGCAAUUCAUUGCAGUAACUGGAGACCAUGAGAAGCUUGGGAGAUGGAACGCUUACGUCCCCCUCCAGUAUAGCAAGGGUGGGUUCUGGUCUCGUUCGGUCUCCCUGCCAGCAGAUACAGUGGUGCAAUGGAAGUUUGUGGUGGUAGAGAAUGGAGAAGUUACUCGCUGGGAAGAAUGCAGCAAUAGGUUUCUAGAGACUGGCCAUGAGGAUAAUAAAUUGGUUCACAAGUGUUGGGGGAUUCACUGAUUCAGUUUGCAAAGUAUUGAAGAAGCUGUUGCAGAAUGUGGAAGAGGCUAAAGUUGUGGAACACACUCAAUAAUUUAAAAUGAAGGAAGUACAACUCCAAGUUUAACUGAGUUUGAUUUACUAAUGGCGUGCAUCUAAUGUGU